AUGCUUAGGAUUCUCUCCUGAUCCAAAUUAGGCAUGUCUCCCAAAGGGAAAGAAUGAGAAUAUUUAAGAUAUAUAUUUAAAAUUGCAACACAGGUCCACUCAGACCCAUGUCAAGUUUAACUCCUUCGGAGUCAGAGAACUUGUUCAAAAACCCUAGCUUAAAGAUUGUGUGAGAAGAGGCACACGCCCUGCAUUUCUUCGGCACACCCACAGAUCACUUCAGGACGAGAGGCAGAAGGAUCAAGUCAAAGAAGGACACCAGACUACCUGAGAGAUAAGUGAAGACUUGAAGAUGGACGUUCAGAAGGGAAUAGAAGCUAUGGAUCCUGCAUCUAUCAAACAAUUACAAUUGGUGGAGAUUGAAGGAGUUCCUUUGCUUGAGACCAUAGUGGAGCAAUGGGAUGCUAUAUGGGGCUUUAAGGCUCGGCCCGAUGACCUUCUCAUUUGCACAUAUCCCAAAGCUGGGACAACGUGGAUGCAAGAAAUAGUAGACAUGAUCCACCAGGGAGGAGACCCUCAGAAAUGUGCUCGGGCUCCCAUCUAUGAACGGAUGCCAUUCAUAGAGAUGUGCCCCCCCAAACCCAUCCGCACAGGUUUUGAAGAAGCAGAGGCAAUGGCCUCCCCACGCACACUCAAAAGCCACAUGCCAGUUCAUCUCCUACCCCCUUCCUUCUGGGAACAGAAUUGCAAGAUCAUUUACGUGGCCAGAAACAUCAAGGACAACGCAGUUUCCUAUUUCCACUUCCAUCGUGUUAGCAAACUGAUGCCAGAUUCUGGAAACUGGGAUGAGUUUCUGGAGAAAUUUAUUGCUGGAAAGAUUGCCUGGGGCUCCUGGUUUGAUCAUGUUCAAGGUUGGUGGGAAGCUAAAAAUCGUCACCCAAUUCUAUAUAUCUUCUAUGAAGACAUAAAGAAGGAUCCAGCCCAAGAAAUUCAGAAGAUCGCUCAAUUCCUGGGAUCAGAGCUCUCAGGAGCAGUUGUGGAUGAGAUUGUGCAACAUACAACGUUUGAGAGCAUGAAGACAAACCCAAUGGCUAAUUACAGCACCAUACCUAGUUUCCUUUUAAACCAAGACAUCUCUCCAUUCAUGAGAAAAGACAAUUACCUUGUAUUCUAAAUCUGAGGAAAGAAAACAGGAGAUACCCUCAUAAUGGAAAAAGACAUCUGGCUAUCUCCUGUUCCUGAUGCUGUGCCUUGCCUCCCUCCCCUCUUCCCCUGUAAGGGGAAACAUCAAAAUUAUCUACAGUCAGAGUCUGAUCGGCUCCUACAGAGAGGACUACAUGGCAUAGAAAUUAAUUAAUUAAUUAAUUAAGGACCUCUUAGGAGUUAAGAACUGGACAUCUCUACUUAUGACCCUUAUUUUUGCUUGGCGCUUCUUCUC